ACAAAUAAGAAGAAGCAGAAGAAUAAAAGAAAAAAAAAGAAUCACACAAAUUUCUAAAGAAUUUGAACAAGCGCAAUUCAAUCUUAGCUCUUUUUACUGCCAAUCGCCAUUCUAUAAACAAAUCUGGAAUCAAUUUCUUGGCAAUUGCUGCUGCUGCAACAAACACAACAACAACAGAAUCACCCACACAACCAAAAUGAAAUCAAAGCUGAAAACUGCGCAGUCGAUGCUGACGUCGAAGUCGCCGUCGCCAAUGCCCAGCAACGGUAAAUGGAUGCUGGUGUCAGCAAUGCUGUUAGUUCUGCUGGCGGCCGCCACCCAAGCAGCUGAUGAGAAAACUGUGAAAGCUUCGAUUGCAGCGCCCGCAUCCAGCGUAGGACGGCAAACGGAAGAGAUUUAUAUCGAUGACGAUGGCAGUGAAGGCUCCGGCGGUCGAGGCGGGAUACACGAUGAUCUAGAGAAGGAAACGGACUACUCUGGCUCUGGCUUUGGACCCGAUGACGAGGACGCCAUAACCGAUCACCAUUCCAGUUCGCACAACACGCGCGUACAGAACGCGGGCAACUCAAAUACGAAUAGUGGCACAAUCAUUGGUAGUAGCACCAACGCCAACAGCAAUCAUAAUAUCAACAACCAGAACAACCAGAACAACAACCAGAACAACAACCUGAACAACAACAACAACAACAACGGCAUCAUCAGCAGUGGUAGUGGCAUCAGCACAAUCGCAGCUCACACACCAACAACACAAACAACAACCAUUAGCACCACCACCACCACCACCAUCUCCACCAGCACAACCACCAAUCCGCCCCAACUCAACAACACAGCAACCGAACAACAGUCGAAAUCAGUUGACAACAACAGUAGCACCAUCGCCACCACCAACACCACCUUGGCCACUCCCAGCUCGACCUUUAAUCAGUCCACGCCCCAACUUCCAUUGCUGCCCGAUGCCGAGGAUGAGGACGAUGCCUUCGAUCACGAGGAUACGCUGCAGGGCAGUGGCGAUGAUAAUGACGACGACGAAGAUGGUGAUGACGACGAUGAUGAUGAUGAUGACAAUGGCGACGAUGYGGACGACAAAGAUGAUCAGCUGAUCGAUCCACAUCCCGAGAGCGAAAUCACUCAAACACAUCACACGCAUGUGGAGACGUCCAAUGGACGCAAUGACAACGAUGGCGAUGGUGAUGGUCACAUUAUCGAUUUGGAUGAGAAUGUGGACGAGGAUGAUGGACUCUACACGGAGAUCAGUGUCAACAAGGAUGUGACACACACAGCCGGCGGAUCGGGUGGCAGCAGCGGCAGCACCAACGUCCACGAAUUGGACCCCAACACCAAUAUAAACAGCCAGCCCACAGACACAAAGAUCAGCGAGCACAGGCCCGGCGGCAGCGGGGAUAUCGUCAUCAUGAGCGAGGAGGAUCGCACGACAAGUUUCUUUGCGCAGCCCGGCAUCUUGGCUGCUGUCAUUGGUGGCGCCGUGGUUGGGCUGCUGUGCGCCAUUUUGGUGGUCAUGUUCAUUGUGUAUCGCAUGCGGAAAAAGGACGAGGGCUCCUAUGCGCUGGACGAGCCAAAGCGUUCGCCCGCUAACAAUUCCUAUGCGAAAAAUGCGAAUAAUCGUGAGUUCUACGCCUGAGAUAAUGGCCAAGCGCGCAGAUAUUAAGCUGAUCUGGACGAGACGGGGAGCGGGGUGCGGCAGCAGCAGAAAUCAGGAUGUGGGCGUGGCAGUCAACAGCAAUUGGCACGGGUUGGAAUACGGUUAAUCGACAGCUCAGCUCAGCUCAAUACACUGCGCGAAAUUUCCCAGUUGCUUUAACGAACGGCAGCAACAA